AUGGCUUCUGCUGUUGAUAAUUUUUUCUCACUAGAUUUUGAAGAAAGUCAAUAUUUUAUUAACCACUAUAAAGAUUUAUUAAAUAUUGAGAUUAAAUCAUUAAUGGCUGAAAUGAUUGUAGCUCAAAACUCUUUGAAAACAUUAAACCAAAAAUUUGAUAUUCAAGAUUUAAAGAAAUCAGUUGAAAAACAUGUUUAUCCAAAUUUAUACAAAUUAUUACAAGUUGCUUUGACACUUCCAAUCAGUUCAGCUACUUGUGAACGAUCAUUUUCGGCCCUAAGAAAAAUAAAAACUUGGCUGAGGGUAUCAAUGGGUCAAGAGAGAUUGACAGAUUUGUCUAUAUUGUAUAUAGAAAAGGACUUAACAAAUAAAAUUGAUAUAAAAGAAGUGAUAUGUAUUUUUGCUCAAACUGAAAGAAGAAUAAUGUUAGAGUGA